GCUGGCAACCUUACUGCUUGUAAAUUCAGCACCCUAAUCCCAGGAGAAACCAGUCAUUUUUGCACCAGUCAAAGUACUAGGAAGAAAUAAUUCUCCUUUGAUAGAUAGCUUGUCUUCAAUGAAAAAUGAUAGAGCCUGAAGGUUACAAACACUAAAGACAACUCUUCUAAGACCUUAAUAUAAGCACCAGCUCGAACAUUAAAAAAACCUUAAGGCAUCCUUUCAAGUUUGAACCGUAUAAAUAUCUCCAUUGAAAACCAAACGGGGACAUGUAGACAAGGCUCUCCACGCUUCCUUUGAAGUCAGUACAACAGCUCUUUCUUUUUGUCAUCUCUUCUUUAAAUCAAACCAACGUCUCUUUCCAAUCCAACCUCUUAGUCCUAUCUUGUUGCCUGGACAAAUUUGGAAUGGAAAUUCAUUUCCAGCAACAAAAGCAGCAUAAAAAUGCAAGCAUUCCAGUUAGCAAAGCAAGCAAAUUCAAGGGGAGAGGUAGGCCAAACAGCAACAGUAACAAGUUUGUUGGUGUUAGGCAAAGAACUUCUGGUAGAUGGGUGGCUGAGAUCAAAGACACAACACAAAAGAUAAGGAUGUGGCUAGGAACCUUUGAGACAGCUGAAGAAGCUGCACGAGCUUACGAUGAAGCUGCUUGCCUGCUUCGUGGAUCCAACACCCGAACCAACUUCAUCACUCAUGUGUCCGUGGAUUCUCCUCUUGCUUCCCGGAUUCGAAAUCUCCUCAACAACAAAAGGAGAGACCAACAACAACAUAGUGAAGAAGAAACUGCGGAAGCCUCUACUCCACCAACUAGUACCAUUACUACCACAAGUAGUACUAUCACCACUAGCAGCAGCAGCAGCAGCAGUUCUGGCAUGAGUGAUAAUUACUCCAGUUCAAUUCAUGAAACGGAUCACUUGUUUGAUGAUGCAUAUAAACCGGAUUUGCGCAAUUGCAUUGAGGAAUUCAAGCUUGGUUCUUCUCAGUCUGAUCUUUCACGGGGUUUUGGACCUUUAUUCGAUCGGUUUUCAUAUGCACAGGAAGUACUGGAUUUUCCAAAAAGUGUGGUACUACCCGAGGCAAGUGACUCGGAAUUCUCAGAAUUUGAUAGGAUGAAGGUGGAGAGACAGAUAUCAGCAUCUCUAUACGCAAUUAAUGGGGUUCAAGAGUACAUGGAAGCUGUCUAUGAUCCUAUUGAAGCUUUAUGGGAUCUUCCACCACUAUAAUCAUUGCAGAAUUUGGUGGUUUUAAUGAACAUAGAAUCCCCUUCUCUUUCUUUUCUUCCCCUAGUUCUGCUUUCACUUUAGACUUGCUUGUUAAGUUGCAAAGACAAAAUACCAGCUAGAGAUGAAGUUGAAAUCUUGUUUCUUUUCUUAAAAAAAAUAUAUUUGUUAUGCUGUUUUUCAAAAUGUUAACAGCAGAAUACACGGAGAAGUGAUCCUGCUGUUUUUGGAACGUCAGAAAAUCAUCGAUGAAUGACAAGUCGAAGCAAUCAUGGCGAUUAAAAUA